UCGAGCUCGAAAUCGAGCUCGAGCUCGGCUCGAUAAGAUAAACGAACGAACUCGAACGAGCUUUUUACCGAAUCGAGCUUCGAAUAGCUCGCGAAUCGUUUGGUUCAUUUACAUCCCUAUCUGAUAGUACUGAAAAAGGUAAAAGGUUUUGGGUAAAAGCUGGAAUGGGGCUGGAGAAACUUGUCGAUACAGAGGAUUUGAAGGAUAAGGACAAUUAUUUCACUGAUGGAAAAUGACAUACAAUUGAUUGAAGUUGAUUUAUACUGCCCUAAUGCUUCCACUUUGUUGGUUAAAGGUAAUGCCAGUUUGUAUGAGAUACCAGAAGGAUUCUUUCAACACAUGAAGCUACUUUCUGUUCUUGAUCUGUCAGCCACCAGUAUUGAGUUUCUUCCUGAAUCUAUUUCUGUGUUAGUCAACCUCAGUGCCCUUAUUCUCAAAGAGUGUCCCCACUUAAGCAGUAUUGAUCAUGUCCAAUUGCUAAAGAAACUCAGGUUUCUUGAUAUGAGAGAAUCUGGAAUCAUUGAGCUGUCGGAGGGUAUGGUGCAUUUAACUGGAUUGGUUUAUUUUAAUAUAUCACACACCUAUUGCCUUCAGAAAAUCCCUGCUGGACUCAUUGCUCAGUUCUCUCACCUGGAAGGCUUUGAAAUGAACCAGAGUUUAUUUAGAAGGAUUGCAGAACACAACUGAUAUCAUUGAGGAGCUCAUGCAUUUGAAAAGUUUGGACAAUCUCUCACUUGAUUUAAAGACUGAUAGACUUUCCUCUCUCCUCUUUCACCUUUCUUUUUCGGAGAUUGUCAAAAAUAUGAUGGAAAAGAAUCAAGUUCUUAUCUUGGUUGUUGAGAUGCUUUAUAUUAGCGUAUUGACUACUGAAAGAAAUUAUAUUGGCAACUUUUCAACCUUAUUUUCCAUUUCAACUCAUUUUUUUCUUUUCCUUUAAUUUGAACUCUCUCUUUUGGCCAACCCUCUUCUUUUCCAAUGUAAGAAUUUUGUGUGCUGAAUUUUAUGAAAAAAGAGUUUUGUUCUAAUUCUGCAGAUUGCCAGCAUACUUAUGUUGAUCAUCCAACAAUAUAAUUUAGUACCAGAAGUUUGUAUUGCUUUUUUUUGGUUGUUUGUUUUUGUUGCCUCUUAAACACAAGCAGAAAUUGGUAAUAUUUUAAUCCUUUUAUACAUAUAAUUGCUGGUUUUCUAAUGUUAGUAUUCCAAGUUGUAGAGAAACUAUGUUGUAGAAGAUGAAUUUAAGAUGUGAACUUGUCUUGUUUCAAUUACAUUUGCAAUCUAUGUCCAACGUUGAGUAAGAGAAUUUGGAUUAAUUUGGGUUUGGUUGUUUAUAGUUGUGCUUUAAGUGUGCAACCUAAGUAAUAUCUUGGAUAAGUUUUUUUAGUGCUUACUAUUGCUUCUUAUCAUUGACAAAAUAGGACGUAUUGCAGGUUUAUUUAUUUGUUUAUAGGUGUUAUAAAAAUUCCUUUCUUUAACUAUUUUUUUUACUUUUGUCUUAUGUAAAGGUUUAAAAAAGCGUGCAUGGGUGGUACACGGCCAUUUCACUGUAUAACAUAUUUGGUAUGCGGAGGCAUAUGUGGUCGUUAUUUAAAACUUUCUAGCAUAUACAGUAAAGCUGAGUUGGCUGCUGCUGCUUUCAUAUUCUUCGACCAUAGCUGGAAGGAUCUUAUUCCUGAUGAUAAAACUGGGAACUUUGACAUUAUAUAUGAUUUUUUGGAUGAUAAUUGGAAGAUAGCCAAGUGGGUUGCUCUUGGAACUGUCAUAUUAGAGGGUUUGGCAUUUUUGUUGGCUCUUAUAGUGAGAGCUGCAAACAGUCCUGUGGAAUAUGAUAGCGACGAUGAGUAUAUCGCUCCAAGAUCUUCUGUCUGACAGCCAUUAGUGAAUUGGCAAGGAGCUCCAGCAACUGGAGCACCUUGGCUUGGCAAUCUCGACCAUCGUCCUAGCAGGAAUGAUGCUUGGAGCCAAAGAAUGAGAGAAAAAUUCGGUCUCGACACCUCUGAGUUCACAUACAACCCCUCUGAUCCAAGCAGAUACCAGCAAGCUAAUGGAUUGCAGACGGAAGAAAGUGGCCGUUGUUCCAUUCUUUGACCAUCCAUCCUCUUUCGGAUGAACUUUUUGGUUUGCACAGUUUGCUAGUCACUUCUUCAACCUGUGAAGCUUUUGGGAGAUUGAUUUCCCUGUUUCCUUGGAUGUGUAACUCAAGUUUAUCUCGGGAUUUCACUGCACGAACCUCUUAUCUCUUCUUACGGUAUCUAUCUAUUCUAUCUGACAAAAUCUCAUUGCACCUCUUAAGUAAUUCCGGUCGCAUGGUUUUAUGAGUAUGGAGAACUAAGUUUCUGUCCUUAAGAGAUGGUCCUUUGUAUAAACUAUGCAGCAUUGCUGAAGCUUGUGUUUUAGUACAUUAACUUUUCCUUCA